AUGUGCGAGGCUCUGGCCGAACGGUUGCUGGACUUGCAUUGCAGACUCUUGUCUUUGUACAUUCUUCAAGACGCCGAAUGUCUGGAUUGGGAGAACGAAAAGCCCUUUUCGGAAUCCGAAAGAGGGUCGUACAUUAUCCAGAUGUGGUGGCUGUACAUGCAAGGAACCAAAGAGGAUUUGUGGAAUACUGUACCGCCUAGCAUGGCCCAGAGAGUCUUUUCGGGUAUGCUGAAUGAAUCUUUGACAAUUCUGACAAUUCGCUACACGCAGAGUCUACCGUCAGAGGCGAGAUGUCGACUUAUGGUUGUGGACAUCAGCAACUUGCUGCUUUGUAUCGCCCAAUUGCUGCCCGCCAUUUGUGAAUCGGCCAAGGAACUCAUUGGAUUUACCUACAAUACUAGUAGCAAAAUCCUGAGAGACAUACACACCAAAUGUCAGGAACUACUCAGCUGUCUUUUGCUAAGAGGCGCCCAACUCGAAGAUCUGUACAAAAUUUUCAAGAAAGGACUAGAUAACGUGGAGAUGUUCAAAUCCAGAGGCACAGGAGUGGCUCCCUGGAUACUAUUUGCUCUGCCAGAUGUUUUCCAGACAUGUGAUUCGCGAGCAGUUUCCAAAAUGGAUGAUUUGACGCCGCAAGCGUCCAUAGCCUUGGAAUUAAUGGUUCUCCUGGCACAACCACAACCUAACUGGGCUCUUCUAUUGAAGGUCCUCUGCAUGAAGAAAUGUCUUGUCCUGCAAGCAAUCCUCCGCUCCACUUCGGCCAACCUCUCUCGGCCCAUGCACCGCCUCCCUCCGCAGGAAUCCGACUGCGGCGCCUUCCUGUGCCGCGCCGACGGCUCUUGCAGGGCCGUCGCGACGUCCUCGGCGUCUCUCAACGACGCCAACUUCUACGACUUGGUGGCGUCGGCGUCGGAGGUGAUUUUGUCGGUGGGAAACGAAGAGGAUUUGGCGAGGGUGCUGAUGCCUGUGGUGGCCGGUGAAGCGGAUUGGGCUGGUAGUUUCGACAGGAGGAAUGUUUGGAACCAGAUCCAGCCGCCGUGGUACGAAGCUCUCCUUAACCUCGCUGCCCCCCUGAUACCGACAACCGCCGAUGCGGUCGUCAACGCAGUCCUAACUGGCGCCACCAUGUACCAGGCCAUGUCGCUGGUGCUGGCCUGCUUCGGCCACUUCUGGGCCGGCGUCCAUCCCAAUCUGGCCGCCGUCGCGACGCUCGUCCAAGAGCGGUUGCGGACAGACGUCGUGCCGCUGAACGGUUCGUGUUUGCUGCAGGUUAUGGUCGGGGCGUUGUACGGGUAUUUGUUGAGGAGGUCCGAGGAGGUUAGGAAGGAGGUGAAGUUUCAGGAUGAAGGGCAGUCGGUGGCGAGAGACAAAGGGCAAUUGAGUCGUCCCGAAGACGUGUCUCUGGCAGUGGCCGAAUGCCUUUGCAGCAUCGACGAAGACAACAAACACACCGAUCAGAUCGAUGAGCUCCUCGAGAUUGUUUCGAAAUCACACAGGAGAGAAAAAGGCAGGGAUGGCCAAGAUGGCGGCUCUUCGAGGGUAGAGUCCGAUCAGAAGAUGUACGAGGUGCUCGCCAGCGACAUUCUCAUGUCGAACACAGGGAAAAGGAGCUUGAAGAUCCUUCACCACUUCAUCAAAUGCAACGACCAAUGGUUGUAUCACCAAUUGGGUCUUGGCAAACAGACGGAAGAGGUAGUUCCAACUAGAGCCAUGGUUUUACGUCAACCUUUGCUGCACACCAUGUUCCAUAUCGGCUACAGACCUUUUGAUCAGGUCCUUUCUGGAGAAUGGGUCCCGAACUGGUUGAACCUUCUCCAAAUCCCGAUGGGACUGCACCCUGACAGAGUGUGGAAACAAAUUUCAUCGAGAUGGGAUUUCAGAAACCCCACCAGUUCUGCUCAGAACGUACACAUCAUCAACUCUAUAUCCAACAUUCUCAAACAAUGA